AAAAAAAUUAUCGUUUUAAUGAAUAAUAGCUUUUCAGCUGAAGGUCAAACUUAUUAGAUUAGAACUGUGACAACAAGUUAGAAUGUUUAGAGAACAGGUAAUGUAGAAUUUCAGGAUGCUGUAUAGAGAUAUGAAUAACGAAGAUCAUCAAGACCAAGAUAAACAUAAAAUAAUUAAUAAACAACAGUAAUCAAUUCAAAAUAUGUAUAAAUGGAAAAUGAGGGAAGAAAUAGUAAUUAUGACUUAGAAAAUUCAAGAUAAUCUUAGAGAGUUGUAGAGAAAUAUUAAAUAAAUAAUCAGAAUAGUCAAUAUGAAGUGAAUAGAUCAAGUGUUAAAGAAGUUAUGGAUAAAUAUAGAAGAGGACGUGGUAAUUUUUAUUGAAUAUAUAUAGGAACCACUACAUCUUAAUUAUAAACAACAGAAGUUAAAUACUCAGCUAUUCCUUAACCAUAAUAUGAGUAGUUUCAAUAAAAAGAAACAAUUUUUGAAGGCAGAAACAGUAGAUAUGUUGAAGAAUAAGACUAUUCAUAGGAUAAAUAAGUGACAUUAAAUUAUAAUACUAUUUAAAGUACUGUGAUUUAUAUAUAUAUAGCUAAGUAAUAAGUGUAUGAAGUAGAUUAUGAAUAAAUUAAAGAAGAUUGUUAGAUAAGUGACAUUUACAAAAGACCUGAACGAGAAGAUGAUGAAUAAAUAGAUUUAUUAGAUAGUGAUUAUGUUUCUUGCAAAAUAUUUUGAAAUUAAAUAAAUUAUUUAUAU